AUGCAGUUCCUCAAGACCCUCAGCCUCUUGGCAACCAUUGCCUCAACCGUCUCAGCCCUGCCCCAGGGCCUUCGACCCACUGCCACUGAAGUCGUGACUCUAUUCCCAAGCACCGCCACAGCUACUUCCACCUCUUCCACCACUGCUUCUGCCUCUGCCUCCGUCACCGCAACCUCCACCUCCAGCGGCAAGGGCAUCGAAAUAGUCAACAACCUGAGCGAAACAGUCCACAUCUGGUCCACCUCCAACACAGCCAGCGAGAUGAAGACCGUUGCCUCUGGUGACUCCUACACCGAGACCUGGCGCACCAACUCCGACGGUGGCGGCAUCUCAAUCAAGAUGUCCACCAGCACUAGCCAGGAGAGUGUUCUCCAAUUUGAGUACACUGAGAGCGACGACAUUCUCUGGUGGGACCUUUCUUCCAUCAACUUGGACUCCGACUCGACUUUCAUUACUGCUGGCUUUGGUGUUACUACUGAUGACUCCAGUUGCUCGGAUGCUACUUGUGCCGCUGGUGAUACUGAUUGCGCGGAGUCAUAUCAGGAGUCGGAUGAUGUGGAUACCCUGAGUUGCUCGUCUAGUGCCGCAUUUACUAUGACCUUGGGUUAG